AUGCCCCGGGGGCGGCGCGGCGGCCGGGUGAGCGCCCUGGAGGGCGGCCCGGAGGAAGCAGCGGCCCCGGCGCCGGCGGCGGGGGUGUCCCAGCUACAGCCCCCCGCGGCGGCCGCGCAGACCCUGCUUCGGGGCAUCUUCGAGAUCCGGCGGAGCAGCUGCGACGUGGUGCUGAGCGAGCGCGCCCUGAGGUGGCGGCCCAUCGUCCCCGAGCGGCCCGCGGGUGACUCCAAAUGUGAUGUUCAAUGUAAAGAAGAAUUUAUUGAAGUCAAGGACAUAUUCUCUGUCAAACUGAAACGACGUUAUUCUGCUAAGCAACAGGGAAAUGGUACUUUAUUGGGUAUCACACUCUUCAUUUGUUUGAAAAAGGAACAAAAUAAAUUAAAAGAUUCUACGCUUGAUCUUAUUAAUUUAAGUGAAGACCACUGUGAUGUAUGGUUUAAGCAGUUCAAGAAAAUUUUGGCAGGUUUUUCAAAUAGACCAAAGUCAUUAAAAGUAAUUCUUAACCCCCAAAGCCACAAAAAAGAAGCUACCCAGAUCUAUCACGAGAAGGUUGAGCCGCUGUUGAGGGUUGCAGGAAUAAAGACUGAUGUUACAAUCACAGAAUAUGAAGGGCAUGCUCUGGCACUGCUUAAGGAAUGUGAACUCCAGGAGUUUGAUGGUGUCGUCUGUGUUGGUGGAGAUGGAUCUGCCAGUGAAGUUGCCCAUGCUUUGCUCCUUAGAGCCCAGAAGAAUGCUGGGAAAGAAACAGAGAGCAUCCUCACCCCUGUCCGAGCACAGCUUCCGCUUGGGUUAAUACCAGCAGGCUCUACUAAUGUACUGGCACAUUCUCUUCAUGGAAUCCCUCAUGUGGUAACUGCAACUUUGCACAUUAUAAUGGGGCACGUACAACCAGUUGAUGUCUGCACUUUUAGCACCACUGGAAAGCUUCUUCGCUUCGGGUUCUCAGCCAUGUUUGGCUUUGGUGGAAGAACUUUGGCCUUGGCAGAAAAACAUCGAUGGAUGUCACCCAACCAACGAAGGGAUUUUGCGGUAAUGAAGGCAUUGGCAAAACUUAAGCCUGAAGACUGUGAAAUAUCAUUUUUACCAUUGAUCAGUUCUCACGAUUUAGAAGAAAGGAAGGCAGAAGGAUCUCCCAAAUCCGACUGUAAUGAUCAGUGGCAAACCAUCCAGGGUCAGUUCUUGAAUGUCAGCAUUAUGGCAAUCCCUUGCCUGUGUUCAGUGGCACCUAGAGGCUUGGCACCUAAUACCAGAUUAAAUAAUGGAAGCAUGGCUCUUAUAAUUGCACGAAACACUUCUCGACCAGAAUUUAUAAAACACCUGAAAAGAUAUGCCGGUGUUAAAAAUCAGUUCAAUUUUCCAUUUGUUGAGACUUACACUGUUGGAGAAGUGAAAGUUCGUCCAAGAAAUAAUAGCGGAUACAGCCUAGAGGAGGAUGGACUGCAUGCCGCUGCUUCAGAAAACAGUUUCCCUUGGAAUGUAGAUGGUGACUUAAUGGAAGCCAAGUCAGAGGUUCAGGUUAAAUUACACCCAAGGCUUAUCAAUCUUUAUGGAGGAAGCACGGAAGAAAUGAAUGAUUCCCAAGGAACAUGUAUAUGGAUUCCAAAUGUCUCGUUAAGUAAACGUCCACUGCUACUACCUUCGCGUGAUCUGUACCCCAUCGCACAACCUAACACUUUCGAGGCAACUGAGCUAAUGGAUUGACCAAUAAAUCUAUGGCAACAUCAACACUGGGAAGAGCUGGAGCAGUUGCAGAGAAAGAUGACAAAAGGGACAGUGGGAGUGCCUGAUUUAAGAAAACGAAAACACUACCUAUUUGUAGCUCAGAUAAGAAGAGGAGCCAUGUGGGUGAGAGCUUAUCAAAGGCCCGCGACAGCAAAAACACCAAGAAAAUGAAGCACUCGAGGAAGAAAAUAAAUACAUGAAUGGGAAGGUUGUAAAUUAUUCAUCUCAUAACUCAACAAAGGCACCGCAUUACAUGCUGGGGUACAAAGUAGUUAGUAGUCAUUGUUUUUGGACUCUCUGAGCAGCCAAUCUGGAUAAUUUCAGUAUAAAGUCCAAUUAUAAAUCAAAUAGGUUAGGGCUUCUUGGCCCUCAACUGUGGAUGCUCAAGGCUAUACUGGCAUUGCCUAAGUGAAAAGAAUUAAUUUAUUCUCUGCCAUAUGUGAUCCCACCCCAGCAGGGUACUCAACACUGUUUGUCAACCUUUUUACUCAUUCCUAUUCCGUUUAUUGUAACAGCUAUUUUGAAUCUUUUCCCAUUCCCUUCAAGUUCCCAAAUCCAUCCUCAGAGCCCUCACUUUCCAUAUAGUCACUUGCUUUUUAUCCCGGCCAUCCCCGAACUCUCUGUUUUUCCCCUCCUUCCACAUUGAGCUUUCUUAAUCCAUGCCAAGCACCUUUUCAUAGUUUCUCAGCUCAAGGUAAGGAGAACUUAACUUCUCUAAGGCGACUCCUCCAGCUGGGUCUGACCCCAUUGUAUGCCGUUUCCUUAGGACCUUGUUCCCUUCCCAGCAAACAACCGUUAGUCACCUACAGCAUUCCAGGCACUGUCAACACCCAGAUGAAAAGACAGAAACCGGUCUUGCUGCAGCUCACGGCAUAGCGUGGAGACAGACAAUAAGGAUGGGGAGCCUAAGUGCAGUAGGACCGGGGUCGCAGGACUGGGGUUUGUGUAGCUGGAGACAAAGAAAGACAGCUGAGAUUUAUAAGACAAAUGUGAGUUAAUCAGGUAGGUAAUUAGGAGAAACAAAAAGAUACAGAGGCUCAGGAAAGUGUGCACGGCCAAACGACUAGAAGUAUUGUCAUUGACGGAAAAAAAAAUCCCCGGGCACGGUUGAGAAAGAGCAUUAGGUUGAGGUUGUAAGUUCUAAGGAGCCAAUGGAGCACGUUAUCAGCGUUAGAAAGCUCACCCUCGAAAAAUACCACAGUAGGGGGAUUAGAAUAAAUGCAAAAUCAGAAGCCAGAAGCCCAGAAAGUGGGCAAGCUUGGUGAUCCAGGUAGGAUACUGAGCACCUGGUUGGGAGCUACUGUGGCAGAGAGAGGAGUAUGAUGGAUAUGAGGUACACCUGCAGGGGUAGUAUCACAGAACAUAGGGGGUUUACUGUAUGUGGGGGGUAAGGAAGAGAAUAAUGCAGGUUGAGCUCUAGCUUGUUGGCUUCGGCGACUACUGGCUGUGUCCCUGGUGGACGGUGGCUGGGCACCCAGGAGGACAUGUCUAAUGGACAGCCGGGUGUGUGGGCGUGAAGCUCUGAGACACUUGGCUGAGCAUCAGCAGUGUAGACAGGCCAGGUGAGGUCACAGCUGUG